UGAGCUGCCAGCCUGCCCCUCAUCUCCUCCCUUUCUCCUCUUGCUCGCUCAGGCUCAGAGGGAGAAACAGGAAGAAGAAGAAGAAGAAGAAGAAGCAGCCUAAAACCCUCGAGAGAGUUUGAGACCCGUAAUUGAACGUGCGAAGAAGAGCGACAGUUGGACCGACAAACCAACCAGAUGGUCAAAAAGGGGGCAAUUCCAAGUCCUUUUAUUCGGAAAUAUCAGUUUGAGGAGCUGAGAUCACUUACGAAUGGAUUCGGCGAAGACAACUAUAUUGGAGAAUUCCAAUUUGGCCGCGCGUACCGCGCCGUACAUGAGGACACUCCGGUUGUUGUGAAGAUAUGGGAAGACAAAGGAACUAAUUAUGAAGUUUUGCCUGGUGAUAAUGCACGCAGAUACUGUGUGGAAUUUGAUUUGCUCCGAUGUUUCAGAUACGAAGCUCAUCCAAGCAUGGUCAGGCUGGUGGCGUCCUGCUGGGAUCAGGAAAAGGUGGCCCAUGUUUACGAGCUAGAUGCCCUGGACACCCUGUACAAUCUCAUUACAGAAGACAGUUUUUCUUGGUCACAUAGGAUAAAAGCUGCACUUGGUCUUGCAAACUUUCUUGAAUAUAUGCACAUUCCCGCUCCCGACCAACCCCACCUACCCUUCCUCAUUUGCAAUCUUGAUGCUGCACAUGUGAUGAUCGACCGAGACUACAACCCAACUGUGUAUGACUACAGUAUGAUUUCUGGCGGAUCAUCUUUGAUCGACAGGAGAUAUAUCUUAAAUCAACAUGUGAAGGGUUGCCAUGGCUAUAUCGACCCAAACCCUGCUUAUCAAGGUUCUUGGUCUGAGAAAUCCGAUGUCUUCGCAUAUGGUGUUGUUCUCUUAGGAUUAAUGAGCAAAAGGGUUUACAGCGAGCACGACCGGCUAAAGUGUUCCCCUUUUGUUUACGAAUGGGCAUGGGCCCAGCACAACGCCUGGAAAUCUGAUAGUUUGGGAUUCCUGAGUUCUAAGUUUUCACUUGUGCAUAAGCGCCUGCAGGCUGAUCCAAUUUUUGAGUGCAGUGAUGGUGUAAAACUCACGAAACUGGCCAUGCAAUGUGUUGACUUCGACCCUCAGAAGCGCCCCACGAUGAGAAGAGUAGUUAACUCCUUGAAGAAGUUGCAUAUCGUCGAGUAUAAUGGCGAACUGGUCGGCAUCGAUAGGCUGGUUCAUCUUGAGAAUAUUUAUGAUAAGCGGGCUGAUCCCUAUGAUGUUUAUGCUGGUGACGGCGGUGGUGAAUCUGUUGAUGAUGAUGAUCACCUUUCAGGGUGUCAAGGAUUCCUGUUGAAAAAAGCAGAACUUACCCAAAUAGUGGGACAUGCCAUUGAUCGAUUCCGAGCUUUUCUCCCACAAAAAAUAUUUGUCCCCUGCAUCGAUCAUUAUUUUUCAAGAUGGAUGAUCUCCGCCGUCUACCAAGAGAUCCCAGGUGGUCAGAUUGCCGACGGAGAUGAGGAGCUCCAUAAUGCGCCCUCGUCAGGAAAGCACGUGGAUGUCCAUGUUUACUCGCACGCGGACUUGAGGCUUUUCACCAGUGACUUCUGUGAAGAGAAUCUCAUAGGAAUGUUCCAAUUCGGCAGAGUUUAUCGAGGAAAGAUUGCCGAGCAAGAAGUGACCGUGAAGAUCUGGGAAGUCCCUAAGAAGUACAUAGUUUACAAAGGAGACAAUCAAAGAAGAUUAUGGAACGAACUGUCGCUGCUUCAGCAUCCGGAUUUUAUAGCUCAUCCUAACUUGGCCAAACUGAUGGGAUAUUGCUAUGAAGGAGAACAUUUGGGUGUUGUUUACAACCUGAAGCCAUUGGACACUGCAAAGAACCUCAUUGAAAAAGAUGCUCUCGCUUGGCUGCAAAUAAUAAAGAUUUUGCUCAGAGUCGGAUGCCUUCUCAAGUUCCUCCAUCACGAUAAACCACCAUACCUGCCCUGCCUGGUCUGCAACAUAGAUGUUGCCCACAUAAUGCUCGACGAGGAUUAUAAUCCUGUACUCUACGACUUUAGUAUGUUCCGUGGAGGAAUUAUUCCGGAUCGGUCCGAUGAAAGAACCGUCUAUCUGCAUGGAGGCUACGGUUAUACAGAUCCGGAGUAUGCGCAUUCAGGUAUAUGGACAGAAGCAAAAGAUGUUUACGCGUUUGGGACGGUGAUUCUUAAUCUAAUAGCCAAAAAAUUGUACACGGAUGAAGAUAAACUAUCUGGAACUGAGAUUCCCUUCCUUGACUACACACUUGACAACCCAUUAGAGUCCAAGUUCUUCGGUGACUGGGCAAGGGGUGUGUACAGGCCGAGAUGGGAUUGUCCCGAAGGUUCUGCGUGCUCGCUCGUGCAUGGGACCCUAGAGGAUGGGCCCGGGUUUUAUCCCGAAGACGGUGCAAAUCUUACGGACCUUGCCAUGAAUUGCAUUGAGUCCUAUUCUUCCCCACGGCCAACCAUGGAAGAGGCGGUGGAGCGGCUUUUUGGUUUAUGCGUCGUUCAGGAUCAUGCAGAGGCCCUAGGUCUGAAGCAAAUGCUGCAGUGCUCGCAAACGAGCUGUUCCGGUUGCUCAUGAGGCAAAGAUGUGAAGAUGUGGUCUUGAGGUUACCUUGGAAAAUAAGUUAGGUAGGUUGAGAUCGUCCUUACCAAGCCAGUAAUUUUUUUCAUAUCCAUAGAACUUUAAUAGUCUUAUACAAUUUUAUCGAUUAAUUUGUGAAUCACAAUUUUUUUUAUGCGCGUGAUAAUUAUGUUUUCUACUUAA